GCGGUAUUUGCAAGAUGGCGGCGUUCUUGGUAAUGGGCUGAGGACGAAUGAAUGUAUUUAAAAUUAAUUAGACCUUCUAAUGGGUGUCAGUAAAUUGGACGUCCUCUAUAGACGAUUCCUUCUUACAAAGUUUUUCAUCCAAGGAUGGGGAAAACCAGACGAUCUCAGAAGGUUGUUCGAAUUUAGGAAAACAAUAGGGGACAGAGAAAAAUGUCAACAGUUAGUACCAAAAGACUAUCCCAUAUUCAUCGACAAGGUAGAGGAGCAGGCAGACUGUCAGAUCAUGGAUGGGCACUUUGUAUCUCCACUGGAUCAUUAUUUGCCAGGGAUUAUGCCGGUUGAAUCUGUCAAUGCAAGGUUUCAGUUUAUAAUUCCCAAAGAAUGGAAGAGCAAAUAUCGACCUGUAUGCAUUCAUCUGGCAGGCACUGGAGACCAUUUUUACUGGCGAAGGCGCACUUUGAUGGCUCGUCCAAUGAUAAAGGAAGCGUGUAUUGCAUCACUUCUUUUGGAAAACCCGUAUUAUGGCUACAGGAAACCUAAAGAUCAAGUGAGAUCAAGUUUAAGGAAUGUUUCUGAUCUUUUUGUGAUGGGAGGAGCUCUGGUUCUGGAGUCUGCAGCUCUUCUUCAUUGGUUGGAGAGAGGGGGCUAUGGACCUUUAGGAAUGACUGGGAUAUCUAUGGGAGGACAUAUGGCGUCAUUAGCUGUGACUAACUGGCCCAAGCCCAUACCACUAGUACCCUGUCUAUCUUGGUCAACAGCUUCAGGAGUUUUUACUACAGGUGUGCUGAGCAAAGCAGUGAAUUGGAGAGAACUGGAGAAACAAUAUGCCACUGAAACAGUUUAUGAGGAAGAAAUUAUUAGAUUACUAGAAUACUGUGGAAUGGAUUCCUUCAAAAUGGGUCAAGAUUUUGUAAAGAACUCCCCAUCCAGUUUGGACAACUGGCAACACUUUGACUUUGCCACAAACAUGCAAGAAUUAAAUGUCAAGAGAGAAGUUUUGAAAACUGCGACAGUUACUCAGUUUAGUCCAGACAGUGCUGCCUUCAGUGCUUCUGCUCAACAGUUUUGGCUUCAGGGUACCUCACACAGUGGCUGUCAGAGUCAUAGAAGCCCUUCAACAAACACUAGCAAGCUUUUAUCCUCUGUAAAAUAUGAACCUUCAAAGAGAGAAAAGAGAAAGACCUCCUUAGAACGGGAGUCUAUUCUUUUCAUGAAAGGAGUCAUGGAUGAAUGUACACAUGUGGGAAAUUUCUCAGUGCCAGUAGACCCUAGUCUAAUCAUAGUGGUACAAGCAAAAGAAGAUGCUUACGUUCCUCGAGCUGGAGUACGGAGCCUUAAUGAAAUCUGGCCUGGGUGUGAAAUCAGAUACUUGGAAGGGGGUCACAUUAGUGCCUACCUCUUCAAGCAAGGCCUCUUCAGACGAGCUAUUUAUGAUGCAUUUGAACGAUUCCUUCAGAAGUACUCCAUCUAGCACAAGUUUUAAUCAACCUGUGGUUUUCAUUUGUGGCUGAUGUCACUACACAGAGUCCUGAUCACUGUUACAAGGAAUAUUAUUUAUCAAGAAACUUCACACUGAAGACAGGGAGCAUAAUCAUCUUCUACUAGUUGGAAGUUACUUAGUGAAAGUGAAACAAGAGGACUGUAUACAACCUAAUGCCAUUAUUAUUGUUAUCACAUUGCAAAAUUUUUUGGAACUCAGUAACUCUAUUCAUCAUUGGUGCAACCCUGUCACUAGAUGAGAUUUUACAUCUUACCAGUAAGUUUUAGUAGAUGUAUGGAAGAGUGCUAGACUUUAUUUUUUUUAUAUAAAUAUCAACUUCAGGGACACGUGUACAAGAAAAUACAAAUGAAGAAACAAACAUGUACUUCCAAACUGACUUGAACAGAAGUAUUAGUAAUGUGCGUAAUACCAUAUAAAAGGGAAGAAUAUGGUGCUACUUUGAGUUAUAUUGUGCCUACAGAAACUACAAAUCUUGGAAGUCACAAUCCACUUCUAACAAAAUAAUGUUUAUUUAAUGAAGAAAUUGCAAAUAUCUAACAUAAACUGGAAAAAGUAAUUGACUCUUCAAUGUUAAAUCUGUUUUCCUGAAUCUACACUGAAAUUAAGAUGUCACAGUUAUGAUAAUUGACUAACUAUAGGAUUCAGUGUUUGAAAAUUGAUUUUUGGUUUAAAUUUUAGUGUAGAUUGGAGAACUUGUAACUAAAAAUUAUUAAAGCAGCUCAAUGUCAUAUGUGAACUUUAUAAUUAAAUUUAAAUGCAGUAUUUACGAUUUUCAUUAAUAAAAUUCAUAAAAGUUUGUCUGCUUCCUUUGUUCCAGGCAAUGAAAGUGAGGAAUAUUUUAAUACAUUGCCAUACAAGUUCAUAGAAAUCAAAGUAUAUGGGAAAUAUUCAUUGAACAAAACUGGAGAGGUACUUUCUGGAUGUCCAUUGCAAGGGAAAAAAAAUCAUUGCUUUACAUGAUGUCUUUUUCCUGUAUAUACAUCUAUCACAUAGAAACUUUAAAUUCCAUUACAUCCAGGAGAUUAUGUAUUCCC